AUGCUCGCCCGAGUCGCUGAGCACUAUAGAGUUGUCGACGUUGACUCAGAGACUGGCCCGGACCCUCGCCCCAUUGAUGCACUCAUCCUCAGAUCCAUGGGCGUCAUCGAGCUCACUCCCGGAGGGUACGCAGUCGUAGAGGAGCUCAAUUACGAUGACAUAAUAUUUGACGACAUGACAGAGAUGCAGCCACAGCAGCAGCAGACAACUCAGCCUCAGUCGCAGUCAGAGCAGCCCACACACCCACUAUUGCAUGUAAGGGCAGAUAUUGAGGCCCUCCGCAAGCAGAUGGCUAGCCUCGACAGCCGUUUCACUAGUAUGCAGGAGGAGAUGCGCCAGCAGCAUCAUCAGCAGCAGCAGUGGCACGAGCAGAUGAUGGCUUGGCUUCAAAGGCGAUUCCCAGAUCCUCCUACCAAGACCUCUUCACUCACCUCCUCUCCAAACCCCCCAAUCCCCUACGCGCACUCCCCACCGUCCUUACCCUGCACCCACCCCCCUCCUCCCCUCGCCGCCACUCCUCCUCCCUCUCCGCGAAGGAGGACGGCGUGGCCCUCUGCUGCCACAUGUGGAUCGACAACUUCCGCCCCCGCGACCGCGCCGCUCCCUCCCUCUCCCCCCCCCUCCCCCCGCCGCUACUCCUCCUCCCUCUCCGCGAAGGAGGACGGCGUGGCCCUCUGCUGCCACAUGUGGAUCGACAACUUCCGCCACCGCGACCGCGCCGUCACCUCCCUCUCCCCCCUCCUCCGCCGCUUCGACCUCUGGCUCCUCGCCUACCAGAAGGUCGCCACCGACGAAACCGGCUCCUACACCCCCCGCUCCACCAUCCCCACCGCCACCCUCCAGGACCUCCUCGCCCUCCGCAACGCCGUCCUCGACGGCAACUUCAAAUGGGGCUCCCGCCUCAAGCACUUCAUCAAAUCCCCUCGCGACAAAACCGAUUACGAUUCCCUCUCCAAGCGCAAGAUCAAAACCAUUCUCACCACCACGCAACCCGCGCCCUUCCAAGACAAAAUCGUUCAGGAGGUUCUCUUGAUGAUCCUCGAGCCCAUCUACGAGCCUCGAUUUUCCCCCAAAUCCUACGCCUUCAGACCCGGUAGAACCCCCCACACUGUGUUAAGGGUUAUUAGAAGAAACUUCGCUGGUUACUUAUGGUAUAUAAAGGCUGAUUUUAGUGUUCUGUUGGACGGGAUGAAAGUAGGGUUAGUGAUUAAUUCUGUUAUGAGAGAUGUUAGGGAUAAGUUAGUUGUUGAUUUGAUAAAAGACGCUUUGGUUACGCCGGUUGUUACCAGUGAUGUUGAGAAGAAGGAGAAGAAGAAGAAGAGGAAGUAUCAGAAGAAGAGGGUGUUGGCUGAGGAUGAGCCUAAGCCUGAUCCUUAUUGGUUGGACACUUUCUUCGGCUUUGCGCCCGAGGAGGCUCUCAGGGUUCCCAAUUGGGGGCAUUGUGGUGUGCUUAGUCCCCUUUUGGCUAAUGUUUGCUUGGAUGAGUUGGAUAGGUGGAUGGAGGGGAAGAUUAAGGAGUUUUAUGUUCCUUCCAAGAGUGAUGUUAUAUGGAAUAGUCCUGAAGAGGAGCAGGGGAACACCUCGUGGCCGGAGUUCGUGCCCACGAGUGGGCCGGAUAAGACGAGGAAGAUGGAUUUCGUGAGGUAUGGAGGUCAUGUUUUGGUUGGGGUUAGAGGGCCUAGGGCGGAUGCGGCCACGUUGAGGAAGCAGUUGAUUGAGUUUUGUGAUCAGAGGUUUAUGCUCAAGCUUGAUAAUGAGAGUCUGCCUAUUGAGCAUAUAACCAAAGGGAUCAUGUUUUUGGACCAUGUGUUGUGUAGGAGGGUUGUGUAUCCGACUCUUAGGUACACUGCAACGGGUGGUAAGAUUAUAAGUGAGAAGGGUGUGGGGACGCUGCUGUCGGUGACAGCGAGUUUGAAACAAUGUAUUAAGCAGUUUAGGAAGUUGAGUUUUCUCAAGGGGGAUAGGGAUCCGGAUCCCCAGCCUUGUUUUAGGAUGUUUCAUGCCACACAGGCUCAUACCAAUGCUCAGAUGAAUAAGUUUUUAUCAACCAUGGUUGAGUGGUACAGAUAUGCGGACAAUAGGAAGAAGAUUGUGAACUUUUGCUCUUAUAUCAUUAGAGGCUCCCUUGCUAAGCUGUAUGCUGCAAAAUAUAAGCUUCGGUCACGUGCAAAAGUGUACAAGAUUGGUGCUCGUAACCUGAGCCGUCCGUUAAAGGAGAAAAAAGGGCAGUCUCCUGAGUACCAGAAUUUGUUGAGGAUGGGUCUUGCUGAGUCGAUAGAUGGUCUCCAGUAUACAAGGAUGUCUCUUGUACCUGAGACAGAUUACUCACCAUUCCCUAGUAACUGGAUGCCUGACCAUGAAAAGUUCUUGCUAGAAUACAUAAAACUGGAAGAUCCAAAGACUCUGGAGGAGCAGAAGAGUUGCAUCAGAGAACAAGGUCUUGUUUCACCUCAAGACUACAUUUCAAUGCUUGUUUGGAAUUACAAAAGGAACUCUCUUCCUAUGGACCAAUUCUCAUUAGUAAAGAGCAAUGAAAGUGUUGUAGGAAAUCAGCAUUUGUUAGUUGGCUCAAACCAGGAUGACCAGGACCACAUAAACAAAGAGGAGGAAGAAAAUGAUGGAAGGAUGAAUGCAGCACAAAUGUAGCUCAUAAAGGUUGAUAUUAUCUAUCACCUUCCCACCAUGGAUGCUUGCCAGAGAAAGGGUGCAAGAACCGAAGAGUGGAGAGCUCAUUCGUGCAGGCAUCUUACACAGGCAAAAUAUUAAUAUUGCCAUGCUCUGCUUGUGAACACUGGGCUAUAAGAUGGAAAGGAAGGUAAAAAUUGACGCACUUGAAAACGUGGAAAGUAAUUCCACUUACUGUUCUGGAGUGCAAUAUUUGUGAGUCCACGAGAAGGAGUGUGCAGCUUUCUGUGGGAGGCUAAAAGUAUGUUCCUCGGGGAUGCAUACGAACGACAAGGCAAGUUGUGAAUUGAACUCCCCACUGAAUCACUUCAAAUAUUAUGUUCGUUUUGUAAAUUGGCAAUUUGUCCAUAUGCACCUGCCCCUAUUCCUUUUUAAUGAUUGGAGCAUAUCGAAACUUAGUUUUUGACCAUACAUUGAUAAUAUAUUUAUCUUUUUUUUUUUCAUUUUUUUUUUUCAUUUUGUUUCUGUACGAUGAUGGCCUUGAACUCAAGAAGUUGUAAGAACUCUGAAUUUCAAAGCAGUGUACUAGGAAGAACCUCAUUAUACUACAUUAUGGGCUUCUCAUAUGAUUCCCCAUUUUUAAAAUUAUAUAAUUGUCAUCGGAUUUUUUUUUUU